UGACAGUUGAAAGUUGACAUUUGGUGCACGCUCCUUGGAGUCAUUUCAUUUCAACAAAGUCGUUCACCACGUAACAGCGUCACAGCGGAUAAAAUUUUUUUAUUUUCCCGUGUAAUUCUUCCCAAGUCAGCCGAAUUAGUGUCACCAUUCCCAUUGCCAUAUCGGGAAGAUAACCACGAAUUUCAGCAUGAAAGUGCUUGGCGACAAGAACCGUGUCAUCUCCGAUCGAGGGGGCAGCGUUACCACCCAGAAGCAAGGGAAGCGCCCCGCGCCUUAUCCAAUGAGCCGUAAUUCCAAUAAUUGGGGUGAGCUGGAGGAGGUGGAUGUGGAAAAUUUGCUAGGCCAGCGUUAUCAAGGCAGCACAUUCGGUGCCCAGGACUUCGCUGUCAAUAGCAAAGAAGAUGGGAAGAUGAUUCCAGGCUCGGACAGCAGUGAUACCAAGAAUGAUGACAGUCCCAGCAUUCCAAGCACAUUGGAGAAUGUCAUCUCCGAUCGAGGGGGCGGCGUGACCACCAAGACGCCUGGGGAGCGCCCCACGCCGGAUCCAAUGAGCCGUAAUUCCAAUAAUAGCAGUGUGCUGGAGGAAGUGGAUGUGGACAAUUUGCUAGGCCAGCGUCAUCAAGGCAGCACAUUCGGUGCACAGGACUUCGCUGUCAACAGCAAAGAAGAUGGGAAGAUGAUUCCAGGCUCGGACAGCAGUGAUAGCAUGGAUGAUGACAGUCUCAGCAUAAUAAGCAUAUUGGAAGUUGUCAUCUCCGAUCGAGAGGACGACGUGACCACCAAGAAGCCUGAGGAGCGCCCCACGCCGGAUCCAAUGAGCCGUAAUUCCAAUAAUAGCAGUGUGCUGGAGGAAGUGGAUGUGGACAAUUUGCUAGGCCAGCGUCAUCAAGGCAGCACAUUCGGUGCCCAGGACUUCGCUGUCAACAGCAAAGAAGAUGGGAAGAUGAUUCCAGGCUCGGACAGCAGUGAUAGCAUGGAUGAUGACAGUCUCAGCAUAAUAAGCAUAUUGGAAGUUGUCAUCUCCGAUCGAGAGGACGACGUGACCACCAAGAAGCCUGAGGAGCGCCCCACGCCGGAUCCAAUGAGCCGUAAUUCCAAUAAUAGCAGUGUGCUGGAGGAAGUGGAUGUGGACAAUUUGCUAGGCCAGCGUCAUCAAGGCAGCACAUUCGGUGCCCAGGACUUCGCUGUCAACAGCAAAGAAGAUGGGAAGAUGAUUCCAGGCUCGGACAGCAGUGAUAGCAUGGAUGAUGACAGUCUCAGCAUAAUAAGCAUAUUGGAAGUUGUCAUCUCCGAUCGAGAGGACGACGUGACCACCAAGAAGCCUGAGGAGCGCCCCACGCCGGAUCCAAUGAGCCGUAAUUCCAAUAAUAGCAGUGUGCUGGAGGAAGUGGAUGUGGACAAUUUGCUAGGCCAGCGUCAUCAAGGCAGCACAUUCGGUGCCCAGGACUUCGCUGUCAACAGCAAAGAAGAUGGGAAGAUGAUUCCAGGCUCGGACAGCAGUGAUAGCAUGGAUGAUGACAGUCUCAGCAUAAUAAGCAUAUUGGAAGUUGUCAUCUCCGAUCGAGAGGACGACGUGACCACCAAGAAGCCUGGGGAGCGCCCCACGCCGGAUCCAAUGAGCCGUAAUUCCAAUAAUAGUGUGCUGGAGGAAGUGGAUGUGGACAAUUUGCUAGGCCAGCGUCAUCAAGGCAGCACAUUCGGUGCCCAGGACUUCGCUGUCAAUAGCAACGAAGACGGAGAGAUGAUUCCAGGCUCGGACAGCAGUGAUAGCAUGGAUGAUGGCAGUCUCAGCAUAAUAAGCAUAUUGGAAGUUGUCAUCUCCGAUCGAGAGGACGACGUGACCACCAAGAAGCCUGGGGAGCGCCCCACGCCGGAUCCAAUGAGCCGUAAUUCCAAUAAUAGUGUGCUGGAGGAAGUGGAUGUGGACAAUUUGCUAGGCCAGCGUCAUCAAGGCAGCACAUUUGGUGCCCAGGACUUCGCUGUCAAUAGCAACGAAGAUGAAAUGAUGAUUCCAGGCUGGGACAGCUGUUAUACCAGCGAUGAUGACAGUCCCUGCAUUCCAAGCACAUUGGAGAAUGUCAUCUCCGAUCGAGAGGACGACGUGACCACCAAGAAGCCUGGGGAGCGCCCCACGCCGGAUCCAAUGAGCCGUAAUUCCAAUAAUAGCAGUGUGCUGGAGGAAGUGGAUGUGGACAAUUUGCUAGGCCAGCGUCAUCAAGGCAGCACAUUCGGUGCCCAGGACUUCACUGUCAAUAGCAACGAAGAUGGGAAGAUGAUUCCAGGCAAGGACAGCAGUGAUACCAGCGAGGAUUAUAGUUCUUUCGAAGAUGAAAUAAUGAGUCCAGGCUCGGAGAGCAGUGAUACCAGCGAGGAUUAUAGUUCUUUCGAAGAUGAAAUAAUGAGUCCAGGCUCGGACAGUAGUGAUACUAGCGAGGAUUAUAGAUCUUUCGAAGAUGAAAUAAUGAGUCCAGGCUCGGAGAGCAGUGAUACCAGCGAGGAUUAUAGUUCUUUCGAAGAUGAAAUAAUGAGUCCAGGCUCGGACAGUAGUGAUACUAGCGAGGAUUAUAGAUCUUUCGAAGAUGAAAUAAUGAGUCCAGGCUCGGAGAGCAGUGAUACCAGCGAGGAUUAUAGUUCUUUCGAAGAUGAAAUAAUGAGUCCAGGCUCGGACAGUAGUGAUACUAGCGAGGAUUAUAGAUCUUUCGAAGAUGAAAUAAUGAGUCCAGGCUCGGAGAGCAGUGAUACCAGCGAGGAUUAUAGUUCUUUCGAAGAUGAAAUAAUGAGUCCAGGCUCGGACAGUAGUGAUACUAGCGAGGAUUAUAGAUCUUUCGAAGAUGAAAUAAUGAGUCCAGGCUCGGAGAGCAGUGAUACCAGCGAGGAUUAUAGUUCUUUCGAAGAUGAAAUAAUGAGUCCAGGCUCGGACAGUAGUGAUACUAGCGAGGAUUAUAGAUCUUUCGAAGAUGAAAUAAUGAGUCCAGGCUCGGAGAGCAGUGAUACCAGCGAGGAUUAUAGUUCUUUCGAAGAUGAAAUAAUGAGUCCAGGCUCGGACAGUAGUGAUACUAGCGAGGAUUAUAGAUCUUUCGAAGAUGAAAUAAUGAGUCCAGGCUCGGAGAGCAGUGAUACCAGCGAGGAUUAUAGUUCUUUCGAAGAUGAAAUAAUGAGUCCAGGCUCGGACAGUAGUGAUACUAGCGAGGAUUAUAGAUCUUUCGAAGAUGAAAUAAUGAGUCCAGGCUCGGAGAGCAGUGAUACCAGCGAGGAUUAUAGUUCUUUCGAAGAUGAAAUAAUGAGUCCAGGCUCGGACAGUAGUGAUACUAGCGAGGAUUAUAGAUCUUUCGAAGAUGAAAUAAUGAGUCCAGGCUCGGAGAGCAGUGAUACCAAGAAUGAUGACAGUCCCAGCAUUCCAAGCACAUUGGAGAAUGUCAUCUCCGAUCGAGGGGGCGGCGUGACCACCAAGAAGCCUGAGGAGCGCCCCACGCCGGAUCCAAUGAGCCGUAAUUCCAAUAAUAGCAGUGUGCUGGAGGAAGUGGAUGUGGACAAUUUGCUAGGCCGGCGAUAUCAAGGCAGCACAUUCGGUGCUCAGGACUUCGCUGUCAAUAGCAACGAAGAUGAAAUGAUGAUUCCAGGCUUUAAAAGCAUUGAUACCAGCAAAAAAGAGAUAAUUAUUCCAAGGAAGAUCUCUUCCUUAAAACGUAACCAUGCCGAGGAUGUCGGUCCCUCUGAGAGCAAAGUGAUGAAGAAGCUGGACAUGGUAGAGGAGAUGGAAAGAAAGAAAAUGGAAAAGAAUAAGGAGAAAAUUGAAGAAUGGUGGAAGGUAUCAAAGAAGCUCCCUAAGAAAAAUAAGAAAGAUAAGAUAAAGCAAAACUUGCACAACCAGAAGAUGGCCACGGCGAAAAUGCAAGAGAAGAGGCCGGAGACGGAACUGGAAAAGAAAAUUGGGAAGAGGUUAACGAUAGCUAAGGAAAAAUUGAAGGCUCUAAAGAAGGCCAAGGCGAAAAUGGUAAAACAGGUGUUGAAAAAGCAGAAGAGUAUGAAAAGGAAACUGGCCCAACAGAAGUUAGAAGUUGAGAAAUUGGAAAGAGAGAAGAUAUUUAUAUCCAUUAAAGAGAGUAUGGUCAUUGCAAAUUGAAAGAGAAGACAUUCUGCCCCAAGAAGAUGGUGACGGAAAUGAACAUAUGUAUAAUGAGAUGUUUUAACGAAGGAAGCCGGAGGAAGGAAGCCGCAGAAAGAAGGUCAAGACACACACACAAGACACGGAUUUCUGGGUACACUAGGAUUGGGUCAUCUCCACAUUGUGCCAUUUAAAAUAAAAUAUUGUAAAUAUACUUCAGAUUGUCGUACAUAUUUACUCUCUUGUAGCCAAAAUCUUUAGUAUGUCACAUGUAUCAGCUAAAAACAUAUAUAAUUUUGGAAUAUAUACACCACGUUUUGAUUUUGAC